GCCGCGGCGGUGACACCCGGGUGGCCGGCGGAGCCCGGGCUCCUCCGCGGGAGGAAAGACGCCCAGCGGGGAGAGGCCCUCGCUGACACGGCUGCUCUCUGACCUCUUGAUUUCGGGAGGUAGGCACUUCAGGUCCCUCUGUCCGCCACCCCACCGGACGCCCGCACGCAUUAGCGCUCGCCCGUGGCCACCACAUUGGUCCCCGAGGCUCCGAGUACCCCCACAGCCCCACAGGAACGACUUCUGUCGGCUCACGGAGGAUCUGCCUUCACCGGGACUGUUGUAACCUCGUCUCCACCGCGCCUUCCACCCCAUAACCUUCGCCUCGGGUCCUGAUUGCCACCAAGGAAGUUUCUUGAUGCUUUGUAGAAAUCACGCGACAUCCCCUCUUGCCCACCUUUCUGCUUCCCACUUGCCGAAUGCAUCAGGCAUACGUUUGCGUCGCUUUGGAGUCCAGAGUUUUCUGCUUGUCCGUUUUCACCUUAUUAGCCCUGCUCACUCCUGCCCGGCUCGCCUUAGCUUGCUUGCCUGUGAUUUCCUUAAGCUCUCACCUGCCUAAGCUGUAGCAGCCCUUGCCUAGUAGAGACCAGACGGAGUCCUCUGGUGACGGAGACCACAGUGUGUGGGGGCGGUGUGGGUGAGAGUUUUCCCAUUCUGUUGUCCUUUGUGUCAAGGUUGCAUCUCUUCUCUCCGUGUCAUCCACAUUUCCCCAGAUGCCACUACCGAAGUCUUAGUGGCUUUAGCAAGGAACCUUACCAGCAGUGAUUGCAAAGACGGAGUGUGUGAUAGGACUGUUAUAGAGACCUUGCUGGUCCAGCAUUGGCUCAACGUCUAACCUCCAGUGAGAUCACAGUUCACGAAAAGACCUUAAAGUAAGUGAGCAUGAUGAAAGGUACAGGGUCAGGUUAAUUGGAGAUGGUCUUGACUGUGGGAACUUUAUAAGGUUUAAAACAGCAAGUGAGGAGACUCAGUAAACCUCAUCUGAGAAUCGGGCCAUCAGUCUCUCCAGCUGGGUUCCAGGGGGCAAAGGACGGCCCUUCCCCAGUUUUCUGCUCUCUUGGUAUUGGACUCUAAGUUUAUUAUCUCAUUGUAGUAAUCGCUUCCUAAAAUGCUGGGGAAACGUAAGCGUGUGGUGUUGACAAUUAAGGACAAGCUUGACAUUAUUAAGAAACUUGAGGAGGGCAUCUCUUUUAAAAAACUCUCUAUUGUGUAUGGAAUCGGUGAAUCCACAGUUCGGGAUAUCAAAAAGAACAAAGAGAGGAUUAUAAACUAUGCGAACAGUUCGGAUCCUACAAGUGGGAUAUCCAAACGUAAAUCCAUGAAGUCAUCCACGUAUGAGGAACUCGAUAGAGUUAUGAUAGAGUGGUUUAACCAACAGAAAACAGAUGGCAUUCCAGUGUCUGGAACGAUUUGUGCAAAACAGGCCAAGUUCUUUUUUGAUGCUUUGGGGAUGGAAGGUGAUUUCAACGCAUCAUCUGGUUGGCUGACUCGAUUCAAGCAGCGUCAUGGUAUUCCAAAGGCCGCUGGUAAAGGAACAAAGUUAAAAGGAGAUGAAACUGCCGCCAGUGAAUUUUGUGGUAGCUUUCAGGAAUUUGUUGAGAGAGAGAACCUACAACCAGAGCAGAUUUAUGGUGCUGAUCAAACUGGAUUGUUCUGGAAAUGUCUGCCAUCAAGGACAUUAGCUCUUGACACUGAGCAAACUACAUCUGAGUACAGAUCAAGCAGAGAGAGAAUAAUUAUUAUGUGUUGUGCAAAUGCCACUGGUUUACACAAACUUAACCUUUGUGUUGUGGGGAAAGCAAAAAAACCUCGUGCAUUCAAAGGAACUGACCUUGCAAACCUUCCAGUGACUUACUUCAGUCAAAAAGGUGCAUGGAUAGAACAGUCUGUCUUCAGACAGUGGUUUGACAAAUAUUUUGUGCCACAAGUACAGAAGCAUUUGAAAUCCAAAGGACUUCUAGAAAAAGCAGUGCUUCUUUUAGAUUUUCCCCCGGCACACCCAGAUGAAGAAAUGUUGCAUUCAGAUGAUGGUAGAAUCGUUGUAAAAUAUUUGCCACCAAAUGUCACAAGUCUGAUUCAACCCAUGAGCCAGGGAGUGUUAGCCACAGUGAAAAGAUACUAUCGAGCAGGACUUCUCCAGAAAUACGUGGAUGAAGGAAUUGACCCAAAAAUGUUUUGGAAGAACUUGACAGUGUUGGAUGCAAUUUAUGAGGUUUCAAGAGCUUGGAACAUGAUAAAAUCAAGUACUAUAACCAGAGCAUGGAAAAAACUUUUCCCUGGCAAUGAAGAGAAUGCAGGUAUGAAUAUUGACGAAGGAGCCAUUUUAGCAGCUAACUUAGCAACAGUUCUGCAGAAUACAGAAGACUGUGAGCACGUUAACAUUGAGCAUAUUGAUCAGUGGUUUGAUUCUCGGAGUAAAGACUCCAGCUGUCAGGUGCUAACUGGAAGGGAAGGGACAGAGCACCAGGCCAAAGCUGUUGAAAAGAAGCCUUUCAGUAAGGUUAGAAGAGCAGAACUGAAUCCAGAGAAGCAUAUCAGCCACAGAGCAGCACUUGAAUGGACUGAAAAUUUACUGGAUUAUCUCGAGCAGCAAGAUGACAUGCUUCUGUCUGACAAACUGGUCCUACGGAGGCUUCGCACCAUCAUAAGGAGAAAGCAGAAAAUCCAGAAUAACAAAAGUCAUUCUUAGUGCUCUUCUGUGUUUCAGUGUAUUUGCAUCUUGGUGAUUAUCUGCAGUGGAACCUACCUUGUUUGAAGUGCUGUGGGUUGCAAGGCCAAAUAUAUUUUAUCAAAGAUUUUAGGGAUAGAUGCCAUUGUGGAUGACUUACAUUACAACUCCUUAAUGUUGUCUCUUAAUUGAGCAUUGCCACAUACUUGUCUGUCUACCAUUUCUACUCUGUAUUAUACUAAUUAGAUCCUAAGGCACCUGAGACUGGGCGCCUUGUGUCUGGUGCCUAAAUUUCAAUGUGUCUAAUAUAGGAUCAUGCACACUAUUGGCACUCAAUAAAUCUGACUGAAGCUGAAUUUUUAUGACUGUCUCUGAACUUCAGUUUCUAAAUUGAAGUACGUGUGAGGGAGGAUUCACUUCUCUUUUUCUGCCACUGAAAAUCUUAGGAGAGCACAACAAAAUUUGUGUUUGAAGUAUUUCACUUGUGACAGCGAAGAACUGAAAUAAAAUAGUUUACAGACUUCAGUAUAGCAUUUCUGUACUUAGUAGUAUUCAUGUAAUCAGUGGUUUAGAUUGGCCAUCUCCGAUUAUAGUGAGGGAAGAAAUAAGUUUAAAAUGACCCCGGGGAACAGUUUUGUACUUCAUUUUUAUCCUACUUGGCAAUAAAGAGAGUUCCUUCAUGUUGUGAAAAGAAUGCUGUCUCUAGGAAAAUAAAUUUCAGUUCUAAACCUGUUGUCAAAGGUAAGGAUUAAAUAUUUUUAUGUCUUUUUGAUUUUGUACAGAUAUGACAGUUUUUAUUAAGCUUUUUGACAGUUCUUACAUACUUCCAACUUACGUGUGUCACUGGCUUUCAUACAGUGUAUUUAUUACAUGAAAACUAAUAUAAGAAUAUAAGCAUCUGUAGAAAUUAUGCAACCAGCACAGAACAGUGGGCUGACAUUAAGUAGAACAUGACAGACAUACCAUGGAAGACAGCUAGUCACUCACACUCCAUCCCCCAUCUGUCAAAUAGAAAUGAUACCUGACGUGGAGAGUUUUUGUGAGGCGUAAGUGAGUUAAUUUAUGGAUUUUAAAUAAUAUGGACUUUAAAACUAACACUGUUAAAUAUUAGCUACUGCUACUUCAUUGCAGAAAUUAGGAGUUUUGAAAAUACGCCAAACAAAUGCAAGUGUGUGGCUUAAAGUGAUGUUGCUGUAUUAGGAGCACCCUUCCAUGGGAAGUGUGAUAAAAGAGACACAAGUAAUUGGUUUCAGCUGAAAUAUGUUUUGUGCCAGUGAAAACUGAAGGAUUAAUUUAGGAAUCAUUUACUGUCUACUGGGAGGCAUAGUUAGGUCUGCAGGCAUGUUAAGAUAUCUUAGGUUGCAUUAUAAUAGGACAUGAGAAUGAAAUUAUAGUUUCUUUCCCCCAGAGCUGUUACCAUAUCGGUAAUAAGUAGACUUUGGCUUUGUUCGUAGAAGGAAAUCUGUGUUACUUAUCCUGGGAUAAUUCACUGAAGUUAUAAAAUAUCCUUAAAGUGGAUAAGAUAGUAAGCAGGACACUGAAUAUUUUAUCAACCUAAGGUAGUACAGGAUAGGUGAAAAGUCAGGGCCAAAGAAAUAUCACAGGAUACCCUGGGCACAGUAAUUUGGUCCCAUCAUGUAUAGCAAACUUCACUGCGAUUUGAUUUCAGGGGAGUAUAGGCCCCUUUCUGAUAAUUUUUCUUUGAUUAGCUCUUGGAAGGCUGCUUUUUUGAGCUGAAGCUUUGUUUUCUAGAAGGACUCUUAGAGAAGACCUCCAAGAAUUCACUUUUCCUGGGAGAAUCCAUGGUCAUGAUUAAGUUGACUGCCUCAGUCUACACAGUUAAUUUCACCUACCUCAGAGUCUUGAGGAAUGGGACUGAGCAUAAGUAAGUUCUGAGACUUGGCUUCUUGAAGACCAAAGGAAUCUGAAACUUGAUAAUGGUAAUGACUUCGGUUUGAAUCCUGCUGUGCAUUUUCCACAAUGAUUUCUUCUUACAAAAAACUUUUCAAACUUCCUUCACUCUAAUAUUGAAAUAGUUUGAUCUUUUGCAUUAUAAACAGAGAUGUAAAUUGUGCAUUCAAACUGCAUAAUUCAUUAUAAUUCAAAAAUAUUUUUCCCUUCCAGGUACUGUAGUAUAUUAAUUUCUCUAGAAAGACACAGGAUGGCUGUCCUAAUUAGCCACAUGCACUUUUUAUGAAUCCCAGGUUGAAAAGCACAGAUAUAUCAGAAUACUUCAAAAAGUGUGUGGAAAAUGGGAAUUCAAAGAUAAAUUUACUUUGGUGCAAAAAAACCUUGGAAGUCCAGGCAUGAAUUUUUGAUAGUACACAUCUCUGUGAACUUUUUGAAGGGCCCUUAUAUGUGCUGUCAUUUGAUUUUGUGCACCUUAAGGAACAGAUCUGCAAAUCCUCAGUAUUGGUAAUAGUUAUAAAAAUUCAUAUAUUUUAGAGGAUUUGAGAGACUAACAGAACUCCAACUAAAGGGAAAAGUGGCAAUUUAGAACAUAUUUUUCUUCAUUUGUAUAGUGAGGCUGAUUAUCAUUUCAUAAUUCAGUCUCAGUGCAAAGGGGGAUGCCUGGAAAACUUUGGAUGCCAACGUGGCAGGGCGCAGAUCAGUAGACACAGUCAUGUCAGGCAAAAUUCUGGGAUUAUAAUAGCUGUUUCUCUGGGAUUUAUUUUGCUCUCAGUCUACUUCAGAGUGAGCUAUACCGAUACUAGAUGAAUUUUCUGGGAAGGUUCAUGGUGGUCUCAGUGGCACAAUUGACAUGAAGUAAGACACAGAAUUGCUCGAAUAACAGGCUCAGAGACGCUCUUCCUCUGCACUGUGGCCAGAACCUUGCCCAAGUACUAGCGAUUAAAGAAAGGACCUGCAUUUCUAAUUUGUGCAUAUUCAGGAUGGCUAUCUCCAGUUAUCAGCUAAAUAUUUGCACAAAGUCGACCUUUUUUUAAAUAAGUGCUGAGCAUCCUAAGCAAUAUCUGCAAAAUCAUGUGCCUCAUAUACCAACUGUGAUCUCUAUUCCAAUUAAAUAACAAAGCAGUUAGGGCCAGUGCUGUGGCAUAUCUGGCAGAGCUGCCACCUGCAGUACCGGCAUCCCAUAUCGACAUGGGUUCAAGACCUUACUGCUCCACUUCUGAUCCAGCUGUCUGCUACAGUCUGGGAAAGCAGGAAGAUGGCCCAAGUGCUUGGGCUCCUGCACCUGCAUGGGAGAUGCAGAAGAAGCUCCUGGCUUUGGAUGGGACCAGCUCUGACUGUUGCUGCCAUCCGGGGAGUGAACCAAUAGAUGGAAGACUUCUCUCUGCCUCUGGUCUCUGUAACUCCACCUUUCAAAUAAAAAAUAAGUCUUUUCAAAAAAAACAAAGCAGUUAAAAAUAUCUUUACCCAUCUGUAGCCUAAAAUUGUGUUGCAUACCUCAGCCUUGCUCCCUUUAAGAAGGUGGCCAAACAGAAGGAGGAUG